UUAUACGUGUUGUGGCCAUCGGCGUAUAAACACCUCGAGAGAAUAAUUCGUCGUUUCGCGCUCGUUCGUUCGUUCGUUCACUCCGAGCGAGCAGUGCUUCGAUCAAUUUCUGUGCUGUGUGCUUCGUGCGUCGUCUUAGUCGCGAUAUAGCUUCACCGUAUUAUACACUAUAACGCGUUAUAUGCCUCGCGUUUCUUCGUCUUUUGUGCCGAAUUCUACCGAUCCGACGAGUGUUUUGUUGUUGUGACAUUUCCACUUUUCCUGCCCGUCGUGCUUCGAAAAUCGGCAGCGACGAGUGCAUCAUCAUCAUCGUCGUGUAUACACCGUGUGUGUGUUUUGACGUGCAGAGAGAAGGACACGCGAGGAAAAGUCGUUGCGAGCUCAAGAGAGGAGGAGGCAGGCGCGUGCUGUCUGUCUCUGUGCGCUCAUCGACUCUUCUAGAACUGAUAUUCUCCGAGCUCUCGCAGUGUGUGCUCGCAUCUUCGUCAACUGAUAAAAUUCAUCCAGUUAGCUGAUGACUUGAUUCAAUCAUUGUGAUUCGAUCACGUGGAUGAUUUGCAUCAUAUGAUUGCAAUUUAUUGGCUUUUCAAUUAGCCACUUUCUUUUGUAUUGGGAUAUGAGUGCACCUGCAAUCAAAUCUUCAAUGCCUGGAGUAGGGACCCCCACAACUCAAACGAGUCACAGCAUGUUGCCCAUGAACAUGGUGUCUCAAAAAAUAACACCGUCAGCUGAUCAAUCGGCAGGCAGUAUAAAACCACUGACCAAUCAAAAUUUUUCACCAAACAACCAACCGCUGAGUCUGAUUCAAGAGCACAGGCCAUUGUAUCAACCGCCAUUCACAAAUAAUACUUCGACUGACCAAAUGAAUUCCGAGGUGCAGACUCCCAAUCAACCAACUCAAGUCAAUCAAGUUAAUCAACAGCAAGCGGUAUCAAAAGAAACUGAUACAGUGACCCAAGUAACUGAUAAUAAUAAGCUUACUCAAAAUGGUACUGAACCUGCUAAGGAGAAACCAGAGGCAGCACCAACCACAGUGACACCAGCGACUACUGUUGCCAGUACAACACAAGUAAACACAACUACAACCAACAAAAGUGCACCUGUCACAGACGUUGUUGUACCCGCUACAAAUGCAACUACAAGUCCAGCAAAAGCAGCACCGACUGUAACUACAUCACCUGUCAAAGUAGCUGCUACAGCUAGUGAGCAGAAUAAACAUGUAACUGCCAAUAGCGAACCAACACCAAUUUCAAAUCAGCAAACAAGUCCUGUAAAACCUAAACCAGAAGAAAAUGUGCCCCCGAAGGUCGUUGAUAAUCAAGUUUCAGCACCUACAACAGAGGAAAAUAAACCUGCUGUUACUAACAAUCAAAAAACAGAAACAACUGAACCCAAAGCAGAGAUUGUGGCUAAAGAAGCUCCAGCUGCAGCGGUUGCAAAAACUGAACAAGAUACAGCUGCAAAAUCUGAACCUACUACUCCCAAAACUCCUCAGAAAAAUGUAAAAGCCGAAAACUCUGAAGUAAAAACAGAAGGAACACCUACAAAAACACCUGUUCGAACUCCGGCCAAGCGAAAACCACGCGAGCCCAAAUUGAAAACUCCCAGUACUCCAACUGAAGGUUCCGCAGCUAGCUCACGCUCGAGACGUGCUCGAACUCAAACGACUCCGUAUCAGGCACCGUCCGCGACAUACAAUAAAACCCCCAAAACUCCUGCUGCGUCAACGAGUAGAAGAUCAGCAGCUGUUGCUAAAGCCCAGGAUGAAAAGUUGACCAUAUUUUACAAAGGUGAAUUUCUCGCCGUGAGGAACGCCGAUGGAAGCUUUUUCGUUUGUCAGGCUAAUCAAAAUGUCUAUAAAUCAAGCAAAAAGAUUAACGUUAGAUGGUUAUCUCAAGAUAAAGAUAACGGAGAAAUAUAUACGCCAGAUUUUUACGAUUAUAUUGAUUUUGAUACUAUCUUGACAAACCUAAAUUUGAAUAAAGUGGAAAAGAACAGAUAUCAAUUAACGAAGUACGAGUUGCUGAGAACUGAGAAUAUAUUGAAGAGAGCUAUAGACGUUGAAGCAGGAGUUACGGAGAAACCUCCCGUAACCGAAGAACAUCCAGAUGGCCUUGAUUUAUCUUUGUAUACAGACGAGGCUCAGUUACAGAAAAAACGUAAGGCCGAUGCUGCUGCAAAAAACAAAAAUAAGGCUAAGCCUAGCGCAAAACGACCUCGUAAAAAGAGCCAGGAAUCUGACUCAGAUGAAGAGGAAGAAGACGAUUCCGAUGAUGGAGAAACUGAAAAUGCGAACGAUGAUAGUUCAUCUGAUGACGAUGAUGACGAAGAUGCCAUUAAGUCGGCCGAUUCAAAACGUAAAUCGGGUAAAAAACGAGCCCUGAAUCGUUCAGCUAUGUCGCAAGCAACGAAGGUAGCUAAGGGUCCAACCAGAGCGGAACGUGCCCUUAAUCGGAGCAAAGGACCUGUUGGUCCCAGCACGUCUGGAAUGGCUAGUUCCAGUAGCACCUCGACAAAAAAGAAUGAAACAAAAAAAUCUGCAGAGACAAAAAAACCGACGGCAGUAAAAUCAACGUCUAAUGCUGCAGAGGCCUCUGCUAGUACUUCUAACUCGCGCAGAGCGAAAGCACGAGGUUAAUUUGUUGUUAAUGUUGCUGUAGAUCAAACAUUGUCUUGUCCAGUAAUGUCAGUAAUUCAACUCUCGUACUUUGUAAAAGUAUUCAUUUCACAGUUUUUUUAAAACCUCUACUAUUCUACUUGGAGCUCAUCUAUUCAUACUGAAUCUAUAGCGGCAGACAAUAACACUACAGCUGUAACAACAACUAUACCGGAGGUGACCACAAAUACGCUAUCUAACCCGCCAUUACCAACAGUAGUCGAAAUUCCUUUCGAUGACAAAUGCUGCAACAUUGAGUGGCCGUCCAUACCCGGCAUAAUACAAUACUAGACGGCGAGGGAUUAUUCCGAUCACUUUUGUGCAAGAAACGUCACGUCCUCGUGUGUAGAGACAAUGGAGCCUCGUCCUAGUUCAAGAUUUAAUAAGUUGCAUUAUUAAGCAUGAAGUUGAGCGCUGCGGUAGUGAUGCGUCAAUGAAAGUGUCAACGUUUAUCCUACUUCGGAUUAUUAAUUGACUACAAAGAAUGAAAUUCAUUCGACUAGCACAUGGCAAUCGUGAUUUUUCCACUUCUAUAUAAAUAUAAAAAUAUUGGAUGAUUGUGGUUGUCUGUAUGUAAAUAUGAAAAAUUGCUUGGGACAAAAUUUGAACCGAGUAAAUAACGAAUAUAAAUAUAAGUAAAUUAUGAAACUCAAAAUUAAAGUGGAUAAGAAUUUGAAUUAUUAAAGCCUUCUGAAUAUUAAGAAAUUUUGUUUAGAUAUUAAACGAAAAUAUGAUGAAUUAUGCAUUGAUUUAUCUUGAUUUCUUAAAAUAAUUGUAUGGUUUUUAAUGCUAAAGUUGCAUUGUGCUUUAACAAUUAAAAAUAGAACUUUUUAAUUGAAAGUAUAUAUAUAAAGAUGAAAUUUAUAUAUAUAAAAUAUAUUAAAAUAACAUGUACAAAUUUGUGUAUGUGAAUGUUGAAGAAAAUCUGUAUGACAGAAAAAAAAGUUAAAAAAUUAAGUAAAAAAAGAGUAGCAAACUCGCAGCAAUCACAGUGACGUUUUGAAUAAUUCAAAACUUGAAAAAAAUUUAAUAGCCCACUAAGUAUAUUACAUAUAAACAUAUUUAUAUAUAUACUAUGUAAGUGUAUUAUUCCAUGUACGAGGGCUAAUGUCAUCUAAGCAAUUUAAUAAGUUUGAAGUGUUGAAAUGAUCCAAACGGACUAAGUAUUCAAUUGAAAAAAAUAUUUUAUUUCGUUUUAUGUUUUAAUAUUUUAAAAGUAUCAAUAGUUUACUUUUCAAAUCUUUAUAAGAUCUUUAUUUGCGAUCGCAAUCGUAUUAUGUUGUUUCAACAAUUAAGAUUACAACUUGAAAGUCUCAGCUUGAGAGAAAAAAAUACAUUUAUGAUGCAAUUUGUAUUCAGAUGGUCUGUGUUUCCAAGGCGUGAUAAAUACGCUUGUUUAGGAUAACCCAGAUGAUCUCUGUUCUGGUGCGCGUUUAAUUUAGCUACUUUUAUUAUGUCUAGCUUAGAUAAAAAUUUCUAGAAACUUAAAAUUUAUUUUGAGUUGAUUGUAUAGAUUUAUUAUUUUACCUUAUUUGUACUUGUCUUUUGUCCACGAAAUAACAUUAAACCAGAGUGUAUAUUUACCGAUAAUAUAGCACAUUAGCCUAAAUUUUAAUGUAAGAAAAAUUUGUUAAAUGUAGCCAUUGUUAAAUUUCAGAAUGUAUUCAUAUCACCGCAUUAUGAUCUUGUGAAUAAUUUUGAAAAUAAAAAUAACUUCAAUGGAUAAAAUUGUAACUGUUUUACAAGAUAUUUAUAACUUUUUACAAGCAUAGAUACAGUAAAAAAGUAUUAUUAAGA